AGUGACAACGGGAGUGGAGCCCGGCGAGCCAGUGGCUUUCGGGGCUGAUGGAAGUGGAGAGGGGGCUGGAGAGGGCACCCUACUGUAUCCAGAAUGCUGCAAGGCUACAGCUCCGUGUUCCAGGCCUUGCUGGGGACCUUCUUUACCUGGGCAAUGACUGCUGCCGGAGCAGCUCUUGUGUUCGUAUUCUCCAGUGGGCAGAGGCGGAUCUUAGACGGAAGUCUGGGCUUUGCUGCAGGGGUCAUGUUAGCGGCUUCCUAUUGGUCCCUGCUAGCACCAGCGGUUGAGAUGGCCACGUCCUCAGGGGGCUUCGGUGCCUUUGCCUUCUUCCCUGUGGCUGUUGGCUUCACUCUGGGGGCUGCUUUCGUCUACCUGGCUGAUCUCCUGAUGCCGCACUUGGGUGCUGCGGAAGAUCCCCAGACGGCCCUGGCCCUGAACUUGGACCCUGCACUGAUGAAGAAGUCUGAUCCCGAGGGCCCUGCCACACUGCUCUUCCCCGAGAGGGAACUUUCCAUCCGGAUAGGUAGCGUUGGGCUUCUUUCAGACAAGAAUGAGAACGGCGAGAUAUACCAGAGGAAGAAGGUGGCAGUCACUGGCCUCCCAGAGGGUACUGCCCCCUCAGGGGCUGUGCAAGGGAACUCCGGGCAGCCUGGGGUGAGCAGCUGGAGGAGGAUCGCUCUGCUUAUCCUGGCCAUCACUAUACACAACAUUCCAGUCAAGAGCCGAGUUCGUUGUUGCUAUGAUAUAGAGGCCCGAGGGCUGCUGUUUGUGUCUCUGGGACAGCACAGCGCCUGA